UUCAACUACUGCACUGAUACUACAAAAGUAAGUAACAGUUAGUUGCAGUAGCUCGGAAAGCCUCCCAAUUUUUGAGCCAAAUGUUUCUGACUGCAAAGCGGGGUCCACGGUACGGGGGGAGUGCAGACCGGUCGGUCAAAAGGCUGAAAAUAGUCUUGCCGGACCUCUGGCAGGUUUCGUAUCAUUAGUUAGUUGUUCAUAUUGCAAUCGACAUUGAUCAGCCCCUGCUCUGUCGGCGUCUUCAAUCGAUGUUGAGCCAAAUCGGCGGCUUGUCGAACCUCUAGCCAGGAAACAUCAAUUUUACUAUUUUAGCUCUAGAAUAUCAAAGGACUAGCAAACAUCUAAUUAUUAUCAUAGAACGCGCAAGUGUAUUGCUGGACCUCUGGAGCAGAAAGCCUUCACCCAUAGGUGACACGGUGGAUCUGCUUGCUUCAAACUACAAUGGUUGGCCAGUUGAUCAUAUCGUUCCUACUGUCACUGGGUCUUCUCUGUAUAGGAGCCAGUUCUUCAAAUGUGUUCAUUCCAGGUAUCCAUCCAGGUAACACCCCGGGCAGUGCCAGCAGUAACACGUCUACGACGACCAACCAGACAAACAUACCGCCCUUUGUUGAAGUGAGCAACGGAGGCAAUCUAAUUGUUCCUGGCAGUGUUUUCGGCGCCAUCACCAUAUUGCUAGCAGCCAUUGUGCUCGGUCGGCGUGCGCAACGCGCCAAAGUUGCCAUGGUUGCGCAUAACGACGCCUGUGAAUGGUACUGCUCAGGCAAGGCGAGCACGCAGCGCAACGAGCGCACAAGGAUACUGCAGCCAAUACCCGAGGCGCAGGAGGACGAGCGACCAUGCGAAGCUUGCCGUGCCCAGGCGGAGAAACGACCGCGCUGCCCGUCGCACUCCCGGGAAGCAGCAGUGCCGUCCAGCCAGGUCUACUCGGGUCCCAUUAGCUCACAGCCGUGGAGCAUUUCUACUGGCUCAUCGUACGGCAGCACGGACUUUGCAUUCACAUGCCGUGAUGCCACAGUCACUCAAAGUCUGCCCAUUCUCUACAUCAUUGAUCCGGACGGGCCAUCUCUGGCCGAAAAGAGCUACAGUAUUUAUUAAAGCUGCAGUGGCUGAACCAAGCAAGCCACAGAAUCCGUCCCAGGACUGUGCUAGGAUUGUGCCACUGGGCAUGGCGCAUGACAUUUGGUGAGCAAGCUUGCAUCGUUAACGCUUUUUUCGGUGAAGCUGCGCCGAGAGUCUACUGUUGAGAAUCUCUGGGCUAUCUCUCAAGCAGUUGCCAAACCAAGAGGUAGCCAGUGCUCACACAGUCGCCAUCUGCUGUCCAGGCUCCUGCUGCACAGCAUGCACAGCCAGCAGGAGAUCCAAUGCAGCAAGUGUGUCUACUGCGAGAAAAAAAAACCCGGGGCGAAUCCAAGCAUGCGCAUGACAAUGAUGAUGAUGUUGGUGGUAGUGGCGGUGGCGGUUUUGAUUGCCGUGGCUGUGUCGGUGGUGGCAUUGGUGGUCGUCGCGGUGGUGGUGAUCACGACCUUACACAACUUCCCUGGAAUUGGACCCAGCAACGGACGCUGGCUAUGUUCAAUGAGAAAGGGUAAGCAUGUUUGAUCAUUCCGCUGAUAUAUGUGGUACGUCGGCAAUGCGCUACUGCAAGCAACAUGCACAAACUGCACUGUACAGGCAGCAGGGGUAUACUACUAUCAAGUUGACGGGUAAACGACAGGAAUGUAGAUCUUGUGUGCAUGAUCCCGAGGUACGCCACUUGUAGCAACAUGCUUCUGCCUCCGCUCAGACCAUUCAUUCAAACUGCUUAACUAGUGGCCUGCUCUGCGGACUUGCUAUGUCCUGUACUGGCCUGGCUGUGGCCUGGCUGUGACCUGGUUGUGGCCUGGUUGUGGACUGGCUGUGACCUGGCUGUGGCCUGGUUGUGCAUUUGCCCUGGCUGUGGCCUGGCUGUGGCCUGGUUGUGCGUUUGCCCUGGCUGUGGCCUGGUUGUGGCCUGGUUGUGGCCUGGCUGUGGCCUGGCUAUGGCCUGGUUGUGGCAUGGUUGUGGCAUGGCUGUGUGGCCUGGCUGUGGCCUGGUUGUGGACUGGCUGUGCAUGUGCCCUGGCUGUGGCCUGGCUGUGCAUGUGCCCUAGCUGUGGCCUGGUUACUCUGAUAUAGACACUGAUACUACUAUUACUAUGCUGUCCGCACACGCCUGCACCUGCACAUGCGCACACACAUUCACCCACAUGCAUACAUACACACGCACACACACACACACACACACUUGUUGUACACACACACACACACACACACACACACACACACACACACACACACACACACACGCACACGCACACUGUGCGCGCGCACACACACACACACAAACACACACGGAAGUGAGCACGUCGCAUUCCAUUCCUAUUUGGCAGAUAUAUUGUUUCCCUACAUGUUGUUUUCAUCAAUGUUACUACUACCACUAGGUUUAAGUAGCAAAAUCAAAUUUUAGUACUAUCGUGAAUACCUGAUGUGCCCUUCGCAAGUUUCUCUUCAUUCUCAUUUUCUGCAUCCAUUUUUUUUUCACACGUGCACCGCUUCUGUUUGCAAAGGAGCAGUUGAGCUGUCAGCUGAGCUGCAGGACAAUACCACCACAUCAGCCUCUUCUAUUCGUUUUUUAGGUACAACUUUCUACUCUCAAUUUUCUGGAAA